AUGGACAGCGGGUCUGAGCUGCAACGCUUAAGGGCAAGAAUCGCACAGCUCGAGCAGACGAACGAGCAACUCGAGAAAACGAACGAGCAACUCGAGAAAACGAACGAGCGACUCGAGCAAGACAACGAACUCCAGCAAAAUACAACUCUAAGCCAAUAUCUAGACAACUGCCACCACCAUCUCUUCGCAUCUUUGACUGUACGGCCCGACAUUUCCGGUACCAGUGUUACAAAGGUGGAUGGAAAAUACUACCCCUCCAGCCUUAGUGCUUGGGGAGACUUCGCACGGCUGCAACAACACCAAUUCGAGCUCUUAGAGGGCGCCUUGAAGGAUGAGCGACUUUUCCCCUCAUAUAUCGGGGUCCGCGAGAUGCAACGACGCGCUUGUGAGACCCCAGUAGCAAAUGAGGACGAUAUCAAGCCCUUCGAACACAUUGCAGUGGAAGGGCCGGUCAUGGAUAUUAUUCGAGCCCUAUGCGCAAAGGCAGAUUCGAAUUCUAGGGUUGCAGCUCUUCACACAUCUCGCAUAUCCUUCGCCAAUCACUCUCUCAGCAUCCACAUACCAGUCGACGAGGUUAUUCAAAGCACGACAAGGGAGAAACAGCGACGUAAUACAUCCCCAACGAAACGGGUGGCCAUCGAGCCUAAGGAGAUCAGACCGGACCGCCGAUGUCUUCGUGAGGAUACAGAAGGGAAUCGCUCGAUAGCUUUUGUCGUUGAGUACAAGGCUGCGCACAAACUACAAAUCAACCAAGUCCGUCGGGGCCUCAACGAGCACUUGUUUUCACGUGCUAUCAAGCGUCGACUUAGUGGCAAGUCAAGAACAGACGACAAUCAAGCCCUAGAAGAUAGAUCUGAUAAUGUACUUGCAAUGGUCUUGACACAAACCUUCGACUACAUGAUCAGAUUGGGGCUCGAGUACAGCUACUUGACUGCUGGAAAAUCGUUCAUCUUUCUCCGCGUCAAAGCAGACGACCCCAAAACAUUGUACUAUCAUUUAGCCGAUCCAGACGACGAAGCGGAAGAUGAAGACGGCGAAUUAAAUUUGUCCAGGACUGCUGUUGCUCAGGUUGCUGGGUUCUCUUUAUUAGCGCUCCGAUCAAAUCUGCAGCCAGCAAAGUGGACUUCAGAGGCUCAAGCAGAAUUGUCUCAAUGGCCCAUUCCAUAUUCAGAAAUGGAGCGCGAAUCAACAGAUGAUGAGGUCCUUUCGCAGAGGUUUUCCCUUUCAUCUGACCCAUAUUUUCCCGAGGAAGAUAUCGAUAGCCCUAAACAAAAAAUGGCUCUGCGCUCGAGAUCCGCAUGCAAGGAUUCAGAAGUAAUCAAGAAAGAUGACAGAGAUGAUGCUGACGACGCUGAUAACGCUAAAGAUGACAUCAAUCUGCCCAGUCACAGAAAAGGGAAUGAACUGAGCACCAAGCGGAAGGACGCACCAUCCUCAAGCUCUAGUUUUGAAGAAACAUCAGAUGGUAGGGAGCAGUCGCGACAGUAUUGCACUAUGGACUGUCUUCUGGGUCUCAAAAGGGGACAGGAGCUCGAUGCAAAAUGCCCGAAUGUCGCAUUACAUCGAAAGGUCGUUGGAGAUGUAUUGCAUCCGAUUAGCUUUGACCAUCUGGCCAACCUUACGCAGCAACAACUUGCCCGUUCACUGGAACGGGAUUGUGAACCUCUCGAGAUGAGAGGCAAGUACGGAGCAGUCGGUACACUCUUCAGACUUUCAUUAACGCAGUAUGGAUACACAUUCGUUGGCAAGGGCACAAUACAGCCAUUCGUCCCGCAUCUGGAACAUGAGGCAAGGGUCUAUAGGCGACUUGAAAGGCUGCAGGGUGAGGUCAUACCUGUUUACAUCGGCAGUAUCGACCUAAUGAAGCCAUACCACCUCACGGCGCGCAAUGCGGUUCGAUUUGCUGGACACGAGAUCGUGCAUAUGCUCUUGAUGUCAUGGGCCGGUGAGGUAGCAGUGAAGGUAGCGAAGGGAAUAGACGCCGGGGUAGAGGCUGCCAAAACGUUAAACAUGAUGAAAAAGGAGAAGGUUUAUUAUGACGAUGUCAGGGAACCUAAUCUGCUGUGGAACGAAGAGCGACAUCGAGUCAUGGUUAUCGAUUUCCACAGUGCUGAGCUUAUUGCUCCUAGCUUGGCUGGCAUGAAGAGGCCCCGAACAAGCGGCCGUGGAAAUGCCCAACGUCCAAAGCGUGUCACCUUACAUGCGAAAAAAUACGGAGAGGGCGAUAUCACAAGAGACAUCGGACAGAGCACGACUUCAAGCUUUCAGUCAACGUCAGGGGAUGACGGCGCAUCGGCCAGCUCUGGAGAGGUCUUCAGUAUCAAGACGGAAGAGGUGAAGCUGGUAAUGGGUGAUUCCAUUUAG